AAUUNAUUAUUUGAUAUAUAGAGGGACAAAUUGCUGAGAUAAUUAAUGAAUUAUCUCUCUACGUACUUAAAAUGUUAAUUAAGGAGAAAGUUGUUAGUCAGCAUACAAAGGAAGAAUUAAAGCAAUUGCUUGGUACAUCUGAUCAAAGAGCUUUAAGAGAUCUUACACACAUUGUGUUGGAAAUCAGGAAUAUGAUACCAGAGGAUGAUUUGGAUUCUAUUCUAAGUAUGAAAGGUGAUAAAACAGAUAAUGAUCUCAAUCCCGAAAUUUUUGGCGCAAAUAUACCUUACCAUUCCUUUGAUGGUAAGGUUGAUUGGCCUAGAACAGACAUGCUUCAUGAUAUGAGUAAACCAAACAUGGAUAGUAUUAUAACUGAAAAAUUUGAUAAACUGAUGAAAAUGUCACAAACAGAAACAGUAGCUACAAAAAAAACAGAAUUUGAUAGACAAAGAGUGAAUCAAGGUAUGAAAAAAGCGUUUGAGAAGUAUAAGACAGUGAUGUCAUAUGACGAAUUUUCGAGUAUCACGUUUGAAAAGCUGAAAUCACCUCCAAGUUCGAUUCAGGCUGACUUAUUUGAUUUCUUAGGGUGUGACAGCAUCGAAUUUAUAGAGUACUUAAUAGAGCAUAAAAAAGAUAUUGUGGCUUGGCAGAGUGCCCAAAAGCUGUCAAAAACUUUCAAUGCUAUAGAAAAGCAGCCUCAAAUAGCGUCGCAAGUGAUAGUUCAUUCGGAAAAAGAAAAACAACUGAAGAAACAAGUGCGCAAAGAAGAAAAAAAAUUACAAAAGGUAGCUAGUAAGUUUGAGAGUAAGUAUUUAGAGGAAGAAGAAGAGUUUAAUCCCAUGGACCUGCGAUUAAAAAGACAAGAAGCUCUGUCUGCAAAAACAGAGCCACUGUUUAAAAAGAAUAGAAUCAUUGCUCCUAUAGUUGCUCGUGAAGUAUACCCGUUUGUGUUUGAUUCAAAAUUGAAUGCGACAGCUUCAGCUGGCUAUGUAUCAGGUCAAAAAUUAAUCUUGCCUGAAAACGUUAGGAGAAAAGAUUCUCAACUUUGCGAGCAAGUAGACAUUCCCGUUCCAAUCAUGGAACCUUUAACAGUUGGGAACAAGCUUGUUAAAAUAUCGUCUUUGGAUGAGAUUGGACAAAUGGCAUUCAAGGGCAUGGAAUCAUUAAAUAGAAUACAAAGUAUAGUUUUUGAUGCUGCUUAUCACACAAAUGAAAAUCUACUUAUUUGCGCGCCUACUGGUGCUGGAAAGACAAAUGUCGCGUUGUUAACGAUAGUGCAUCAAAUAAAGUUGUACAUAGACAAUGGUAUUAUGAAAACCAAUGAUUUCAAAAUAGUUUACAUUGCACCGAUGAAAGCUUUGGCCGCUGAAAUGACCGCUAAUUUUAGUAAAAGACUAGGAGGCUUGGGUAUCGCGGUACGAGAAUUGACGGGAGACAUGCAGCUAACAAAAGCUGAAAUAUUGCAGACGCAAAUGAUUGUAACUACGCCAGAAAAAUGGGAUGUCGUGACGCGCAAGGGUACUGGAGACGUUGCACUGACACACAUUGUCCGUUUGUUGAUCAUAGAUGAGGUGCAUUUGCUUCACGGAGAUCGUGGACCCGUCGUUGAAGCUCUUGUCGCUCGCACUCUGAGACAGGUUGAAUCAUCUCAAAGUAUGAUUAGAAUCGUAGGUUUGUCGGCUACAUUGCCGAAUUACGUUGAUGUUGCACGAUUUUUGAGGGUAAACCCGUACAAGGGACUAUUUUACUUUGAUCAACGAUUCCGACCUGUACCUCUUAGUCAGACUUUUAUUGGCGUCAAAGCAAUCAAGCCAAUGCAGCAAAUGAGCGAUAUGGAUCUCGUGUGUUACAAUCAAGUGAUCGAAAUGGUUCGCGAAGGAUAUCAGGUAAUGGUUUUCGUUCAUGCUCGAAACGCAACAGUUAGAACGGCAAAUGUUCUAAAAGAAUUGUCACUCAAAAAUGGAACUCAUGCCCUUUUCCUGUCUGAGGAAGGCUCUAAGCUGGCACACAAAGCUUUUGCCAGAUCUCCCAAUAAGUAUCUUGGUGAACUGUUUGAGCACGGCUUAUCGGUGCAUCAUGCAGGAAUGUUACGCACUGACAGAAAUUUAGUUGAAAAAUACUUUGCAGAAGGAGUAAUCAAAGUUCUUGUUUGUACAUCAACGCUUGCUUGGGGUGUUAAUUUACCAGCACAUGCUGUGAUAAUUCGAGGAACUGAAAUUUACGAUUCAAAACAUGGAUCUUUCGUGGAUUUGGGUAUACUUGACGUUUUACAAAUUUUUGGUCGAGCUGGCAGACCGCAAUUCGAUACAUCUGGACACGCAGUUAUCAUCACAUCUCACGACAAGCUGUCGCAUUACUUGUCCCUUUUGACCAAUCAGUUUCCCAUUGAGAGCAGCUUCCUGAAAUAUUUGACUGAUAAUUUGAAUGCUGAAAUAGUCUUGGGUACAGUAUCAAACGUCGAGGAAGCCGUCCAAUGGCUGAGUUACACAUACCUUUUUGUACGAAUGAGAUUGAAUUAUUUGGCUUACGGCAUAGAAUAUCAGACAAUACUGGAUGAUCCCAAUUUGGAGAAAAAACGAAGAGAGUUUAUACACAAUACAGCCAUGGCGCUUGACAAGGCCAAAAUGAUCCGAUAUAAUACUGCCACUGGUGACUUGAAUGCUACAGAUUUAGGAAGAACUGCAAGUUACUUUUAUUUGAAAUACGAUACGAUAGAAAUAUUUAACGAUUUGAUGAAGCCGAUAAUGACUGAGGCAGACAUUCUUGGAUUGGUAUCUCGUUCUCAAGAAUUUGAACAACUCAAAGUACGAGAUGAUGAAAUGGAAGAAUUGGAGGAGCUGCAAUCAGAAAAUUGCGAAGUUAUACCACAAGGAGGGAAGGAAAAUAUACAUGGAAAAGUAAACAUUUUGAUUCAGACUUUCCUCUCGAGAGGAAGAGUCAAGUCGUUUUCCUUGCUGUCAGAUCAAGCGUACAUCACGCAGAAUGCAGUGCGUAUAUGUAGAGCUCUGUUUGAAAUGAUGCUUCGUAAAAAUAACGCGAUCAUGGCCAGUCGAGUGCUCGGGAUGGCAAAGAUGAUGGAGCUACAACAAUGGGAUCACAUGAGUGCUCUUCGCCAGUUUGUUUGUUUGCCAUUUGAAGUUAUUGUAAAAAUUGAAGAACGCGAUCUUACUGUUGGAAGAUUGCGGGAAAUGGAUGUCAAAGAAAUCGGAAUUAUACUUCGCAACCAAAGGUGGGCAGCUCUUGUUAAAAAAUGCUGCGACGAGUUUCCAACUCUGGAAUUCGAUGCUACUUUGCAGCCCAUAACUCGCACGGUUUUGAGGAUCCGUGUAAAAAUCAUUGCCGAUUUCAAGUGGAACGACAGAAUUCACGGCAAGAAUUCAGAAGCUUUUUGGCUGUGGAUUGAAGAUCCAGAUAGCAAUUUCAUUUAUCACUACGAGUACAUUCAAAUUACGAAAAAACAAGUGAUGACGGCAUCUGGACAAGAUCUGGUCAUGACGAUUCCACUGAGUGAACCACUGCCUAAUCAGUAUUUUAUAAAAGCUGUGAGCGACCGCUGGUUGGGUUGCGAGUAUAUUGAGGCUAUGAGACUUUCAGGCUUGAUUUUACCUGAAUCUCAUCCACCGCACACCGACCUUUUAGAACUACAGCCAUUACCAGUCACGGCGUUAAAUGCUUCAGAGUUUCAGAAAUUAUACAAGUUUACUCAUUUUAAUCCUAUUCAGACACAAAUUUUCCACUGUCUGUAUCACACAGACCACAACGUACUUCUGGGAGCCCCCACAGGUUCAGGCAAAACGAUUGCUGCCGAGAUAGCCAUGAUGAGAGUGUUCAAAAAUGAACCAGAUAGAAAGGUUGUUUACAUCGCUCCGUUGAAAGCUUUGGUUAGAGAGCGAAUGAAAGACUGGACCAAGCGACUAGGUGGACUACUGGGCAAGAGCGUGGUUGAGUUGACGGGCGACGUCACGCCCGAUAUAAAAGUAAUCUCAACGUCAGAUGUGAUCGUCACGACGCCCGAAAAGUGGGAUGGUAUCAGUAGAAGUUGGCAGACGAGAAAUUACGUGCAGAAGGUGGCUCUCAUCAUUAUUGACGAGAUACACUUGUUGGGUGAAGAUCGAGGACCAGUUCUCGAAGUUAUCGUUUCGAGAACAAACUUUAUCGCCUCGCACACGUCAAAAACUUUGAGAAUCAUCGGACUUUCAACGGCUCUGGCUAAUGCUAUUGACUUGGGUCACUGGCUUGGAAUAAAAAGGAUGGGUUUGUACAACUUUAGGCCAUCAGUAAGACCGGUACCUCUCGAAGUGCACAUAGCUGGAUUUGCAGGCAAACACUACUGUCCACGUAUGGCGACGAUGAAUAAGCCGGCAUUCGCUGCCAUUCGACAGCACGCCCCUCACAGUCCCUCGCUCAUCUUCGUCUCGUCGCGACGUCAGACUCGGCUCACUGCACUAGACCUCAUUGCCUAUCUAGCUGCUGAAGACAAUCCCAAGCAGUGGCUUCAUAUGCCGGAACGGGAGAUGGAUAAUAUCCUGGACAACAUCAAGGACGCGAAUCUAAAGCUUACGCUGGCAUUCGGGAUUGGUCUACAUCAUGCUGGUCUUGAAGAAAGAGAUCGUCAAACGGUGGAAGAGCUGUUUGUCAACAACAGGAUACAAGUCCUAGUUGCAACAGCGACACUGGCUUGGGGUGUUAACUUCCCGGCUCAUUUGGUUGUGAUAAAGGGCACCGAGUACUACGACGGCAAGACGAAGCGAUACGUGGACAUGCCCAUUACGGACGUAUUGCAGAUGAUGGGUCGCGCGGGUCGGCCGCAGUUCGAUAGCUCUGGUGUCGCUGUCGUUCUCGUUCACGAUGUCAAGAAAAACUUUUACAAACACUUUUUGUACGAGCCUUUCCCCGUAGAGUCGAGUUUGCUCGAAGUAUUGCCCGAUCACAUCAACGCUGAAGUUGUGGCCGGAACCAUCAAGACGAAACAAGAGUUCUUGGAUUAUCUGACGUGGACUUACUUUUUCCGCAGAUUACUAAAGAACCCCAAGUACUAUAAUCUCGAUAGCAUGGAACCUGAGUUUGUUAAUUCGUACCUGUCAAAGUUGGUAGAUGAUACCCUAACGCUGCUCAUUGAAUCCCAAUGUAUAUAUAAUGACGAGGAGGAACAGUGCAUAGGUUCACUUCCUUUAGGAAGAAUCGCUUCAUAUUAUUACUUGUCACAUCAGACAAUCGCUAUGUUUAACGAACAUUUAGUAGACAAUCUUUCUUUGGAAAAAUGCUUAAGGGUGAUGUGCAACUCCCACGAGUACGAUGAGCUUCCCGUCAGACACAACGAAGAUUUACUCAACGAGGAACUAGCCAAAAUGUGCCGGUUUCCAGUUGAACGACUAUCAUACGAUUCAUCAAACACAAAAACUUUCUUAUUGCUGCAAGCACACUUUUCGAGACUACCAUUGCCUUGCGCUGAUUAUUAUACCGAUUUAAAAUCCGUACUCGAUCAGUCUAUAAGAAUAUUACAGGCUAUGAUUGACGUAGUUGCGGAACGUGGCUUACUCUCCUCGACACUUCGAGUGAUGCAUUUGAUGCAGAUGGUGCUGCAAGCUAGAUGGAUCGACGAGUCCAGCUUGAUUACUUUACCAUACAUCGAAAAAGAACAUCUGCACCUGUUCUCAGAUUUUCCAAAGAGCUUGCCAGCGUUUUGCGCGACUGUUUUCAACAAUUACGGCCGUUUGGCCAACCAUUUGUUGCAUGAGUUUAUCGACGAUCAAGUAAAUAAGAUCCACCAAGUCGCAAAAGAAAUGCCAAUACUGUGUAUAGACCUGGCCUUACAAGGCGAUCUAGAAUCUACGGAGAAAGAAAAGAAAAUCGAAAUAGCAGAAAGUGCUGAUAAAAAAUACAUAUCGCUGCACAGAGAUAGCGAGUACACGCUAGUGGUGGGCACAAAGCGGAAAAACCAUUCACAGUCACAAUUAAGAGCACACUGUCCGCGCUUCCAUAGACCUAAAGACGAGGGCUGGUUCCUGAUCUUGGGAGACGUAGAAAAUCGCGAGUUGUGGGCUCUUAAGCGUGUCGCUGGUAUCAAUGGACCACGAAAGAUGCAUUACCUGCAGUUCAAGACGCCAUCAUGUCCUGGACCAAUGAGACUACAGUUUUACGUCAUGUCUGAUUGUUAUAUAGGAUUUGAUCAACAAUAUUCUGUUUUGAUAAAUGUGAUUUAAAUAUUUUACUUUUCUUACAAAGAAUAAUAUAUAGGUAAAUUAUAUAUUAGUUGGGUCUAUGAUUACUUAGUCAAAUACUAAACAAAUUAUUUACCCAGUUCAAAGUCGGAUUCUGGGUUCUGUUGACUGAAUUAAAUGAAACACUGCUGAUUGUUACUUUUUGGUUUUCUUGCAUAUUGCAGAAACCUCGUCAUCAUUUGGGCUCUUGAAAGCAUAGUAUUAUGAAUGAUGAUGCUGAAGAAAAAAAUUAAUAUUGUAAAGUAUGCAGAUGCAUGUUGAUGGUGUUUAUACAAAUAAAAGAAUUUAUAAGAACGAUUAACGUCUCAU